GUGUGAUCUGGCAUAGAGGCGGGAGGGGAGCACAACACACAAGUCCCGGAGGAGGUUGGAGCCAAAAGCACUCUGCUGCCCGACUUUCAUCGACAUUCUUCCGUCUGUCCGGCCCGCAGAGCUCAGCCAAACGUUCACGGUGCGUAAUUACGCACGGAGACGACAGAUCCGCGGUGUUGCUCGCCGUGGAAACCCGUGGACAAAGGAAGGCAGGCAGGCUGGAGUACAACUGACUUGAGCGGAGAGGAGUACUGUUGGAGGGGGAACCGGGGAAUCUGGAGUCGGAAGUGAUUUGUCUUUUUUUUUUUUUUGGCAAUGUGACUUAACGACAGGAUUUCAGGAAAGAAAAGAAUCGUUGUGGAGACAGAAGGGAAAAGAACAAAAAGAGAAAGUGAUCUGUCCCAAAAAACAGCAUCCAGAUCCUCGGAGCAUGGGAGGAGUUGUCUGCGAGCUGUAAAAUGUACCCACUACACCGAGAGAGGGAGCAGCCCAUCUUCAGCGCCAGAGCUCAUGUCUUCCAGAUCGACCCGGCCACCAAACGCAACUGGCUGCCGGCCAGCAAACACGCCGUCACCGUGUCCUUCUUCUACGAUGCCAGCCGCAGCGUCUACCGCAUCAUCAGCGUGGGCGGGACGAAGGCCAUCAUCAACAGCACCAUCACCCCCAACAUGACUUUCACCAAAACCUCCCAGAAGUUUGGCCAGUGGGCCGACAGCCGGGCCAACACCGUCUACGGUCUGGGCUUCUCCACAGAGCAGCAGCUGCAGCAGUUUGCAGAGCAGUUUAAGGAGGUGAAGGAAGCAGCCCGUCUGGCCAGAGAGAAAUCCCAGGAGAGGUUUGAACUGGCCAACCCUGGGCUCAACAUUGCAGCUCCCCAGCUCUCGCAGGAGCUGUCAGAGGAACGUCAUUCUCCACCGCUGCUGACAGUCAAUGGUCCCGGAGAGGAGAAGCUGUUUCGCAGUAAGAGUGCUGAAGUGGAGCUGACAGCAGAGAAGGAGAGGGUCAAGAAGAUGCUGUCUGAAGGGUCCAUGUGUGAAAUAAAUCUGGAGGCUGAACUCUUCACUCUGCAGGACAGCAAUGCCAAGCUGGUGGAAGCGCUGCAGGAAGCAAACAGUAGUGUGGAGCAGUGGAAGAAACAGCUGGCAGAGUACCAGGAGGAGACCGAUCGCCUCCGAGACCAGGUGGCAGAGUUGGAGGCCCAGCUGGGGCAUCCUGCGGCUGGUCAGCCUGGUAAAGAGGAGCUGAGUCGGUCACUGGAGGAGCUGGAAGCCCUGCUGAGCGCCAAAGACCAGGAAAUUCACAGUCUACAGAGCAAGAAAACAGAUGUGGGUGAGCUGGAGAAGGAGCGAGCGGAGGCCAUGCAGAGACUCCAGGAUCUGGAGAGACGAAACACUGAGCUGGAGGAUCGGGUUCAGAGCGCUGAAAAAACACUGGCCUCCAACCAGGAGGAGCAGGAGCAGGCGGAGGUUGAGGUCCGACGCAUUAUUGAGGUUCUAGACAUCAAAAUCGGUGACCUGAACAACCUGAGGGAGAACCUGGCGAAACUGGUUGAUAAGUAACCACAGCAGGAGUUUGGGUGCAUCUCCACGGUCACUGCUUGUUUCCUCCAUGUGGCUUUAAUUGAUAUUUGACUGAUGUAACAUCAAGAUCAAAGCAAUAUGGAGGAAAACGCACCGAAGUUUACCUUCAUUCAUCUUUUUCUUUGAGAUCAGUGCAGGUAAACAGCAGUUAUUAGAAACCUCUUAACCCUUUGAUGCGCAAUAUGAGUCAAAAGUAACCCAAAACCAAUGGAAAAUGGGUAUCUCCUGACCCACACUGCGCAUCAAAGGGUUAAAGGUGCUAUGUGCAGAAUAAAUCAUGUGCACAUUAACAUUACAACCUUGGAAUGAUUAUCAUGAACAGCUGACAGUGUGGUGUAGCCAUUUCAGUCACAAUUUCACACCAGAUUUUUACUCUUUUCACCACUGACCAUCACCAGACUGCAUAUAAAGGAUGGAUGCAGCCACUGUGUCAUGGCCCGUUGGUUUGUAAAAUACUGUUUUGAAGCCUUGAGGUUGAAAUUUGACUUAAACACAAACAGUGGUUCUGACUGAACUCGAGGACACUACAUACAGUAACCUGCCAAUCACAAGAUAGCCACACCCCCGAAACAUACCCUGCUUUACUGUGUAUUUUAACAUUAAUGGAACCGUAAUUCACAAAAAGAACAUCAUGCUGUAUUCAAAAAGUCUUGAAACUACUGAUUGAGACCAUAAACUCACUGAAAAAAUGUUUAAUAGAGUAACAGAUCAAGUGAGAAAUAGGGUCAUUUUCUCAUACACUUCUAUACAAUCGGAUUUUUGAAACCAGAGGAGUCGCCCCCUGCUGACCAUUAAAUGGAAUGCAGAUUGAAGGCAUUUCCACUUUGCAGGCCCAGAGGCGACAUCCACUCCUUUUAUACAGUCUGUAACCAUCCCUGACAACUCUAAAACCAUGAGAUGCAUUUGCUCUGGAGGAACAGUGCCCUCCUCCUCAUUUUGAUGCCACAGCAGUCAUGUGUACUUGAUCUGAGGGUUUACGAUGUAAAAUCCAGAGCACAGGCUGUCUAAUUUGGCAGUCUGAUCUGUUUACAGUAAUGCGGUAAUAUGUCCCAAAAUGGAAGAAGUGAUGGUUUAUUCAUAGCAAAUAAUAGAAAGCACCUUUACAAGAGGAUCUUUAAUCUUGAAAGAAACUUGCUAUUUCGCAAUGGUGAAGAUUUCUAAGAGGCAUCAAAUAAUUUGUUUGUUGGUUUAAGUUUUAUGUGAUCUAUAUUUAACUAAGUGUGGGAAAUCUACUUGUAUUAGUCUAGCCUGACUAAAUGAAGAGCAGCUGAGCAGCAGCUGAGCACAGAAAGUAUUAGAAAAUAAUCUCCUGACAGUGUUUUUCAGCAGAGCUAGAAGUCUCAAAUACUCAGCUUAAAAGCCUGAAGUCCCCAAAUAACACUCAUGUGGGACUAAAGAUUUUAGAGCCUUCUUGUCUCGUGUUGUCAUAAAGUCAGUGCUGGUGAGAUGAUUUUUUUUUUUUAAAACUCAAGCCAUACAAGUAUAAAGUCUGCUUUUACACAAAAACAGCCUUCCUUAAACACUGUGGAGAUGCACCCAGUAGGAGUGUGGUCAGGGUCAGGACACAUAGAGGCAAAGACCCCCAAGUAGAAGCAGCUUUGGUUCACCAUCAUCAGCCUGGGCUGUCUUCACACCAGCCAGAACGUCAACAAACUCAGAGAUGCAACAACCUGCUCCAGGUCUGUCUUCUGAGGAUCGCCAGCGUACAACCCUUUUUGUUCUUGUUUUGUAAGGACUGCUCUUUCUCACCACUUAUUCUAUUAUUCAUGUUCAUCGAUGGGUUGCUCACAGUCGGGAUGAGAUUUGGCAACGGUUACUAGUCAAAAACGCUGCAAAAUCCAAGCUGCAGCUGCUACGCUGGUCCUCUGCACCGGUCUACUGGACAGGACGAUCGGCACUAGAAGGACUUGUCCUGAUGUGUCGCUGUGGCCUGUUGUUGCAGUCGCUGCUUUCCCGCCUUGAUGUUGUUGAGAUGAACCCGAGAUUGCACUUGAUAAUGUUUGUGCCAAAUUUUAUUAUGUUUACAUCCGUCAGUUUUCACAGAAAUGAUCUAGAUCUUCUGUGUGUACUUUUUUUCUGUGUUGCUCAACACUAUCUGUUACCAUAAUAGUAAUAAUAGCCCUAAACAGAGAGAGAGGCUCGGUAGAUUACUAUGAGAGCUCUGCAUGAGCUCUGCAGAAGCCCCGUACCUGCCAAGGAAUGUGAAGCUGUGUGUGCACGUUAUUUAACAGCGUGCAGCCUCAGAUUGCUCGAGUUAAAAAGCACAACUGCAGUAGUUUUAGCAAAUUGGUACUUAAUUGACUUGUCUGUCGGCGUUGUUUGUGAACUUCUGAUGCACAAUAUCUAUUGAUCUUUUCUCCGCACCCCUUGAUGAGUUAUUGAUUUCCUCAUGACAGUAAUAUAGGUACAAAUAAGGUGCAGUUCUUUGAACCUGGUGAUGCAGUGACCACCAGAAUCACAACUUGUCAAAAUGUGAAAUAUUGUCAGAAACUGCAAUAUAAUGUAGUAGUACCCUAUUAUUGCAUUAACUUGCAGUUAUUGCUAUGUACGGGUUAUAACAUGUUUAACUUGUGCAGUAGGGUUAACUCGUUUUCAGAUUUUAAUAGAUGUAAUCAAAAUAUUCUCAACACAGCGAUGAUGCUCAAAGCUCAUUUUUACUGCAUUAUGUUAUAGAUCACAGUAAGACUCAGCAUAAACAAUUGAUAUUUCAUCAUUUUGACAAGUUGUCAUGCUAUCUGGGGUUCUGAAUUCAGCUGCUACAUGCAAAUAUCACAAUUAGCAAUAAAAUUUCUAGCAUAGUUGGCUGUUAAUAGUAUAAGUAAUUUGUAGAUACUGAGACCACUGUAAAGCCUGUUGUGUUGGCUGUUUUUCCUCAUGGCUUCACCAUAUUAUGACAGAUUACUACCUUUUAUCGAGCAUGAAGAAAAUCCAGAGGCCAUCAGCUCCUCAGCACGAGCUCCAUACGGUUGAUGUCAGCAACACUUUGCUUCACAACAGCCUUAUUCCAGUGUUUACCGACUGCACAAUAACACUGUGCAAAUACAUUAAAGGUGGUUCCUGUCUACACAAAAGGGGGUGGGGAGGCUGCCUUCUGCUAUCAGGGGUCUGUGGGGUCGGCUGAGAGGACUGACUUUUCCUAACCCAAACACAUGAAAGUGUUUAAGGUACAGAAUAUAAUCAGCUGUGUUAUAACUUUAUAACAGAAUGGGAACUUAAUCUGUGGUAUUAUUGUGUAGCUGCAGCAUAUUAAAGGAGAAAUCCACCUCAUAUUUCAGACUAUUUGUGGACCUAUUGGUGAUGUAUAUUGCUUUUCUUUUCUCCAUUUAGUUGUUUGGUGUGACAUUAGGAUUCUUUGUGGCUAAAACACAUUUUAAUACCGCGCUUUAUGUGUUUGUUUAAAUCAGUUUGUCAUGAAGAGCACAAAAUCCUCAUUAUCCUUAUUGAGAUGCGUCAAAAUAAAUUCUGAGAAGUGUAGGAGACAGUAGACGCUGGUCAAGAGACAUUAUUCACAAUGCAAAGAUAAACAUAUAUUUGAAUAACUGUGGAUUCCUCCUUAAAGACACUGGAAUAAGGACUUGCUAAAACAUCUGUUGCCAGCUAGGAAAGCGAAUGCACUACCAAAGAUGCACCACUGUCAUGCUGACGCCACAUCAACUGGAAUAAACGCACAACCUGUGUAUGUAUGACCCUGAUCUCCAUCAGAUUUUACAAUUUAAGGUUUAACUGCUCGUUCAUCAGUGUCCGAAACAUUUGACCUUUCAGUACGACUCAAGAUACCUCAGUUAGAUCAGGUUAGUUUCACAGCAGUAUUGUUUAACAAGGGGCUAAACUGUUGACUAGUGUUUCACAGGAAUUCGUGAAUCUGAGGAGGGCAGAUGUUUUUACGGGACUUUAUGAUGUGAGAUGCGAGUCUCUUAUAUUUGUAUAGAACUGUUUUAAACAUUAAAACUCCGUCAUGCAAAGUCA